AUGAUACCUGACGAUGUCGUCCUCCUGCAGGACGGCAGAUAUGAACAGAAAAUCCAAGUCGAUCGACGAAGGCUUGAGGCCAUGAUAACGGGUGUUCCCGCGACCGAAACAGGUUUCAUAUUUAUUAAUGCGGAGGACUUUUUCAACAAGGUUAAACAACAUUCUGGCGCUGAGGUAUGCUGGCCAUCGCAAUUGAAAAUUGGCGCCAAGACGAAAAAAGAUCCAUUUGUGAAGGUUAUUGGAACGGUUGAAGAGAUUGAAUUGGCGAAGAAAUACAUCAGCGCAACGUUACAGGUGAAGAAGGAAAGAGUGACGCUGAAAAUGGAGAUUCACCAUUCGAUCCAUUCACAUAUCAUUGGCAAAGCUGGCCGAGGUAUUCAACAGGUGAUGCGAUCAACUGGCUGUCACAUACAUUUCCCGGAUUCAAACAAGUACACAGACUCAGCCAACAAAAGUGACCAAGUGUCGAUUUCCGGUCCACCGCUAAAUAUCGAGAAUGCUCGCAAACAUCUUCGAGCUAUAUCUCCACUGGUGCUCACCUUUGACCUGCCAUGGAUUUUCCCGAAAGAACCAGAAGUAUCGCGAUUUCCCUCAGAAGUGGUGCUAACGCUACGAGCUGUCACUCCAACGUUAUAUUCUUGUGUACUAAGGGCUAACGCUGGUGAUGAUCUAAUGAUUUUACAAGCAAUCAACGUCAUAAUGGCUCAAUUUCAUGUUCCAGAAGAGUUUCCUUUGACGGUUCGCACAACAUUCAGUGUUAAGGAGGAAAUGCUUCAGAUUCUACGGAAUGGUGAAGAUUCGCAGAGGUUGCAGAGGCUUGCUCAUCGGUAUGGAGUCCAUCUACAACUACCAGAAGUUUCGCAACCUGUUCUUAUUUAUGGACCCUCGAGUGGAGUUUUACUUGUGCGCAAAUUCAUAAUGGGAUUAUCGCCGGUGGUACUCUCAUUUGAUGUGCACAUCGGUGAGCUUCGAUCCGAUAUCGAACGUACACAGAAAGACUUCGGCGUAUUGAUUUAUUCGAAGAAGAAGAACAACGCUAAUGAUUUGUUGGGAGUUUCAAUCAGAUCUACGGAGGAAAAUAUGCUCAAUAUUCUACGUGCCAGAGAAUUUCUGCUUGGAUUAACACUAACCAGUUAUAUAGACAAUGAAUAUACUGGUUUAGAGGCGCCGCAAGCAUCGGAUGAAAAUUUAAUAAUGCCAAUGAAUUCAUUAUUUGAUGCACUUCCGGAGACCCCAAAAAGCCCUGACCCACUCGAUUCUCCGAUAGCUUCCUCGAUCCUCAAAGGUGCCAAGGAGUACAACAAGAAGAAUGAUCUUUGGAACAAAACUGUUGCUGCGAGAGCUGAUCGUGAGCAGAUGUUAAUGAAGGCCACACAAGCAAUUUUUGACGACACUUCGCUCACAAAGUCUGUACCCAGGUAUCCAACCGACCUCUGGGCAGGUUAUGGAUUUAGCUGUUCAUUGCCAGCCGAUCUUCUCAAAGGUAUACUGGAGAUAUCCGAAGAAAAUGAGGUGCCCGAAGGCAGACCAAUUUUAGGAAGGGAUGCGAAAACGCCUCCACGUGGAUUAUGCGCUGUUCGUGAGGAGGACGAGUUGUCCGAAUUUUCUGGCUCGUUCAGUAGUAACUCUAUGAACUCUGCUAAUCGUGUAUUUGAAAGGAAGAAUCGAUUCGCUUUCUCCGCUUCUACUUCUAUUUUCGAUUCCUCUCCGGUUGUUUCGGAAUUCACAUGGGAUAUUCGAGUGUUCUCGGAUCCAGCAAUGGUGCUGGCACAAUUGGGAUGCAGUGAAUACAUGACACAAUUGAGAGAGCAGGAGGAGUCAUGUAGGCUACCAAAACGGAAAAGGACUAGGAUGGCGAUCUGUACUUAUAACGCACGUACGCUUGCAUCGGAAGCGGCCAUCGAAGAUCUGAUGAUGCAAGCCAAGAAGAUCAAGUACGACGUCAUCGGACUGACCGAGACGAGACGACGUCACCCUCUCAACGCCGUAUAUGAAACUGGAGAAGAACUGUUCUUAGGAACAUGCGACAGUAGAGGUGUUGGUGGAGUUGGCGUCCUCGUCAACACGAGUAUGGCAAAGAACAUCGACUCUUUUGAACAACUUACGACCCGAAUCGGACGUCUGCGGAUGAGAAGAUGUGGCCCAAUACCAGCUUUGACUAUCUUCGUCGUUUACGCUCCAACAUCAAGCUACGAAGAAGAAGAAGUCGAAGCUUUCUAUAUGGACCUGGAGAAGUUCUACCAAGAAGAUCAUGCCUUCUACAAGGUCAUAGUUGGCGAUUUCAACGCUAAGGUUGGCCCAAGAAGAACGCCGGAGGAACUUCACAUCGGGACCCACGGCCUACAAUGGAAUGACCAGGGAGAGAGGCUCUCCGAGUUCAUCAUGACGACUAAGACCAUCCAUGGGAACUCGCAAUUUCAGAAGCCCUCUUCUUUACGCUGGACGUGGGAGUCACCCGGUGGAGGGUACCGUAAUGAAAUAGACCACAUCAUCGUCAAUAAAAGGUUCUGCCUGACGGACGUCGGUGUUGUACCAAAGUUCUAUACGGGAUCGGACCAUCGCCUCCUCCGAGGAAGAUUUUCCUUCACAAGGAGAGCAGAGAAAGCCGCCAAGUUCAGAGAGAGAAAUCCCAGGACUACCAUCAACUGGGAUCUCUUCGCUACGCUAGUCGGCUUUUGGGAAGAUUCUGCAAUGGACAACAUCGACGAGGAAUAUGACCGGCUUGUCGAACACCUUCACGACUGCGCGAAGAAGGCUGAGAGUUUUAAAACCACCAAGAGGCGUCUGUCUCUUGAAACUCUUGAGCUGAUACGCCAGCGUGGAGCAGCACGAGCCGCAGGGAACCAAGAACUCACGUCCGAGCUCGCAAGGCUUUGCCGAGAGGCGAUAAAGGAAGACCUUAAAGAGAGAAGAGCAGAAGUGCUGGCUGAAGCUGCAGAGGCGGGGAAAAGCAUCCGCUAUGCCCGUCGAGACUUCGCCAGUCGCAAGACGAGGAUGACUGCUCUCCGGAACCCAAAGGGAACAGCCAUUGCAUCGAGAAGGGGGAUGGAGAAAAUCAUCUACGACUUCUACUCUGAUCUCUUCGACAGCCAUGUCCACUUGCCUCCUCACCAUCUGAGGGAAGAUGGACAAGUCAUUCCAGAGGUUCUCCCGUCCGAAAUACGACAUGCUAUCAUGUCGGUAAGAAAUCGUACGGCACCCGGUCCCGACAGAAUAAGACCAGAACACCUGAAGAGCCUUCCGCCAGUACUCAUCAACACCCUGGCGAGGCUCUUUACACGUUAUCUGUCGGAAUGCAAGGUUCCUAAACAGUGGAAGACCAGCAAGACCGUGUUGUUGUAUAAAAAGGGAGAUCCACAUGACAUCGGCAACUAUCGCCCAAUCUGCCUACUGUCCGUCAUCUACAAGCUCUUUACAAGAGUAAUCCUUAAUAGGAUUGAAAAAGUCUUGGAUGAAGGACAGCCAUGCGAGCAAGCAGGGUUUCGAAAAGGAUUCAGCACGAUUGACCACAUUCACACUGUUUCGAAACUCAUCGAGGUAUCACGAGAGUACAAGAUGCCGCUCUGUCUCACCUUCAUCGACUUAAAGAAGGCUUUCGACUCGGUUGAGACGGAAGCGGUCGUGGAAGCCUUGGACAACCAAGGCGUCCCUACUCAAUAUAUAAAGGUACUUCGAGAGUUGUACAGUAACUUCACGACCGGAAUUUCGCCAUUCUACAAGAACAUCGUCAUUGACGUGAAGAGGGGGGUCCGACAGGGUGAUACAAUUUCACCCAAAAUAUUCACAGCCACCCUCGAGAACGCAAUGCGAAAGUUGGAAUGGGACGACAUGGGAGUGAAGGUUGAUGGUCGGCAGCUACACCAUUUGCGCUUUGCUGAUGACAUCGUACUGGUAACACCUAGCAUCAGCCAAGCGGAACGAAUGCUGACCGAAUUCGACGAAACAUGUGGAUGCAUCGGUCUUCAGCUGAAUCUACAAAAGACGAUGUUCAUGCGGAACGGAUGGGUCUCGGAUGCCCCAUUCACGCUCAACGGAACGAACAUAUCCGAAUGCACCAGCUACGUUUAUCUGGGUCGGGAACUGAACAUGAUGAACGACCUGACCCCCGAGCUGGGCAGGAGGAGACGAGCGGCUUGGGGAGCGUACAAGAGCAUCGAGGAUGUAGUGAAGAAGACCAGGAACACCCGGCUCCGUGCUCACCUCUUCAACACCACCGUACUUCCUGCUUUGACCUAUGCUUCGGAAACCUGGGCAUUUCGCAAGCAGGAAGAAAACGCGGUGAGCGUCAUUGAACGCGCAAUUGAGAGAGUGAUGCUAGGAGUAUCCCGUUUCACGCAAGUGAGGGACGGGAUUCGAAGUUCUCUCCUACGUCAGCGAUCGAAGAUUAGAGACGCUGCCGCGUUUGCCAAGGAAAGUAAAAUAAGGUGGGCCGGACACGUGAUGCGCUUUAAUGACAACCGUUGGACCAGAGCCGUGAGCGACUGGGUUCCCCGCGAUAUUAAGCGCACUACAGGAAGACCGCCGACCCGAUGGUCAGAUUUCUUCACGAAGUCCUUGAAAGAAAAAUAUGAUGCUCUUCGUGUCCCACGCGAAAGGAGGAACCACUGGGCUACUCUGGCACGCGAUCGGGACAAAUGGAAGAAUUACUGGCGCCCGCUCGACCAGUUCGAAGAUCAACGGGAGUCAAGGUGA